ACCUUGAUAAGGUCAAGAGACCCGUUUGUUGUAAUGCUCUUGGUAUGAUUUGAAGUACCGCAUAGAGGUUUUCUCAGUUUCUCAUUAAUCAACAAUCAUGGAGUGGAAUGAACAAUAUGGACAAUCGAUGGGUAGUAUAAAAUCAGAGAAUUAUGAUAUGGGAUCUAUAGUCAAGCCAGAAGGCUUUGACAUGAUGAAUUCAGGAGCUCACAAUGAUGCAAUUGUUUCAAUAACUAGUGAUGGAACUGCAACAUUAAUGUCUCCUGGUGAAAUGAGUAACGGGAGCAUGCACGUUCCGUCAAGUGAUGGGAUAACAGGUUCACCAUCGAUGAAAGAUAUUGAACGUUUCAAUUGUCUAUCUGAAGAGGAAUUAAAAAACAAGUCCCUUCCUGAUCAUUUGAAAGAAGGACUUGACAUUGUGAUAGUAGGAAUAAAUCCUAGUUUGGCUUCAGCUCAUGUUGGACAUCAUUACGCUGGUCCUGGAAACCAUUUUUGGACAUGUUUAUCACAAGCUGGUUUGGUCCCAAUGGCUGUUAGUUGCUAUGAUGAUUCCAAAAUGCUGGAUUAUGGCAUUGGCUUCACGAAUGUUUGUACAAGACCAACUAAAGGGGCAGCUGAACUCACACGUAAAGAGAUGAAAGCUGGUGCAGCUAUUAUGCUUGAAAAGAUGAGGAAAUACAAGCCUAAAAUUGCUGUAUUUAAUGGUAAAGGUAUUUAUGAAGCAUAUGUUGGACACAAGAAUUUUUGUAUGGGUAGACAACCCACAACUUUAGAUGGGACAGAUACGAUCAUUUUUGUCAUGCCUUCUUCCAGUGCACGUUGUGCGCAACUCCCACGCGCUGAGGACAAACUCCCUUUCUUUUUGGCUUUAAGAAAGUUACGUGAUUAUGUACGUGGUGAUUUGGCUGAAUUACCAGAUUCUGAAGUAGUGUUUGCCGACUAUACAGAAUUUCGUGUUACUCAACCAGAUCCGAAAAGUUUACGUAAAGCAGAACGACGUCGUAAGCGGAAAGCUGAAGCUGCUGCGGCAGCGGCUGCUGCAGCUCUUGCUGCUAAUUCCGGUGAUGGAACUCUAGUGAAUGGGAUCGUUUCAAGUCAAGCGAUGUCUACUGAUGGCAUUAGUGUUACUAAUGUUUCUCAAGCUUCUAAUGGCAUUUCAGUUGAUGGUAAAGGAAAAUCGAAGUCAAAACCGGCAAAACGUAAGAAACCAUCUGGUAAUCUCAUAGCAAUAGGCCAGUCACAAAGUAGUAUAUCAAUACAGCAAAUUGGUGGCUCUACUUCUACUGUGGCAUUUGCAAAUUGUACAACAGAUUUGCAAAUUCAACAACAACAAGCUCUGCAACAACAAUUACAACAACAACAACAACAGCAGCAGCAGCAAGCGUUUCUUCUGCAACAACAGCAACAGUUACAACAACAGUUCAACCACUCAGCUCAACAACAACAACAAGCUUUACAACAUCAGCAACCACAGCAUCAAAUGAUUGUUAGCGGUGGUCAUUUCAUGUCAUCUGCACCAAUGGUCACUUUGUCAACAAUGGCGGCAGCAACAGGACCUGGUGGGACAGCUACUGCCAUCCCCGUCCAUCCUGGGACUCCAGCAGCUGUAGCAGCUGGCUGUUAUGCCACUCCUCAAUUCCAGUUCUCUGGUAGUCCAGCUGGUGCAACCCAACAGUUCUUUAUUAGUCCUCAGGCUUCAGGGUUGUCUGCAGGCGGUCAAACACUACUGCACUGGUCAGCAACUCCAUGCACUCAAGCGGGUCCCACGACUGUCCAGUUUCAGCAUCCUAAUCAACAGCAACAGCAAGCAGUUGCUGCAAGUUGGCAGAAUAUGUCUACUGUUGGUGCAGCAUUCUAUCAACAGCAUCAGCAACAAAAUCAGCAAGUUUGUACAGCUAUUCAAUCACCUUCUGGAAAUGCUGCAACAUCUAAUGUGACAGCAAGUCAUAAUCAGCAGCAGCAGCAACAGCAACAGCAACAACAAAUGUUUACUCAACAACAGGGAGCUAUGCAACAAGCUCAAGUCCAAAUGGCUCAGCAAGCUCAACAACAACAACUAUUCUUCGCUCCCCAGCAUCCAGUUGGAUUGCAAGCUGCUGGUGGUGCUACUCAAGCCGCCUAUCCACAACAAGUGUAUCUAGCUCAAGCUCCUGCUGGUGGGAGUGCUGGAGGAACUUCCUAUCAUCUUCUUCCUGUUGGUUGCCCAGCUUCAAAUUUCACAGGUUUGCUAUUAUCCGAACAACAACAACAACAGCAACAACAAGCAUUAGCACAAUGUUCUUCAGCAACUACUGCAGUACAUCUUCAACGAACACAACAAACUCUUCAAGUUCAAGCGCAUCAACAACAGCAACAACAACAAGCUCAACAAUUUCAACAACAGCAGCAACAACAGAUCCAAGCACAAGCACAUCAAUUACAACCAGCACAACAACAUGCUUAUAUACAACAUCAACAACAUGCUGCUAUGAUGGCAGCCGAUGUUUCUGUUAGUGGUCAACCUGGUUCAGGUGCUGCACCUCAGUUUAUUACUUUAGCACCUGGAGCUCCUUUAAAAGUAAUGGCUGUUGGUCCUAAUGGUCAGUUAAUUCAAACAGCUGGUUUACCACAGUUUAUGCCUACUACACCCGUUGGAAUGACUAUCAAUCAGCCCACUGCAGCUAUACAACCUCAACAGACAUCAAUUACAGUUACUCCUCAGCGCCGAGUUACAACACCCCAGCAGCAGCAGCAACAACAACAACAGCCACAACAACAACAACAUACAAAUGGACGUACAGUUCCGACAGCCUCAGCAACUGCUGCAUUUUUCUCUGGGACAGCUAUCUCUUCAGGUACAAUCCCACUAGUACAACCAGCAGCUGGUGUAGAAGAUCUCGUGCAGUCUACAAACAACACUUGUUUGAAUACACUAGGAUCAGGAGAUGAAAAGCUAGUGUACACCGCUUUAUAACAUUUAUUAUUCAGAUAUGCAUUUUUUUCUAUUCAAUGGGGAUGUUUGCUUUUUUUUCCCUCUCUCUUCUUGUCGUUGCACAGAUUCACACUACAAACCAUUUUUUUUAUCUACAGAUGACCAAAAAGUGUCAAUUUUCACCAUUUUUAAGUAUUUUUCAUUAUGAUGUGAUGUAAAUUGUAAACUGAUUUUAUUGUCUUCUAAUGUCAAAUUUUAAUUAUAUUUUGCAUAUAAUGGACAAUCUUUGAUUUGUUCUUUAAAGUUCUUUAUAACUAACACACACACACACACACUUUCCUACUGUUUCUUGCCUUUGCUUUGUGUAUUUAGUAAUAAUAAUAUCGACUAUGAUCAUCAUGAUUGCGUAAUUUCCAACCGACUCAUCUUUUUUUUCUCUUCAACAAGAAGCAGAAUCGUAAGGAUGUUUAUUUAUUCGAGGAGUAAAUUAUCUAGUCGUUUCUUCUACCUCGUACCAUUUUUGGUUAUUACAAGUUUGUAUUGCUUUUUCGUGUUAUCAAACUGUUGACUUGAAUGUAUCCCAUAUGUAUCGGAUCUUAUCUUGGAUAUCUUUAUCUCUGUCUCUCUCUCUCUCUCUCUUCCUGUAUCUCUUUGAAUAAUGCACUUCUUGAAAUUUUUGUCAAGUUAGUGGACGUUGUGUAACAGAAUAAUGAAAAUGCAUUUUCAUUUCUCUUAAUUACUGUCUUCAUAUAUUCAAGAUACAGAAAGCGAAUAUUUUUCACUUAAAUGUAAUAAAUGAGAUUACUUAAGGAAUUAAUUAUAUCCAACGAAGUUUUUUUAAUUUUCUUCUUUAUUCCUGUUAACUAUGUGUAUUGUAUAUUUUUAUUUUCUCUCUGUAUUUAUCUUCGUAUAUAUGUCUUUGUUGUAUGAUUGUAUUUGCUUUCUCGUUGUGCAACCAAUACACUGAUGGUGGUUUUAAUCGUCUUCUUUAUCGACGCCUCCUUACCUUUUAAUCUGUUCUUAACUUCUCUUUUCCUGUUUUUUUUUUACGUAUAAUAUAUACGACAAGUAUUAUGUAAAUAAGUGCAUAUGCAUAUAUUUGUACAUUUUUUGUGUAUCCUUGUACUUACAUCUAUCUACCUGUCUAUCUAUCUUUGUAAUAUUGAUGAAAGUAAUAGUGUAAUCCUUUUUAUUUUCAUGAUGGUCUAUCUACUUAUGAAAGUAGUAUGUACCUGCGUUUUGUCAUAUCUUUUUGUUAAUGUCUAAGUCAAUGGUUCAAUUUCAGGGAUUAAUUGAUUUGAAGAGUUUAAGACUAUAUGGAGAAGUGGGCACACUACCAUAGCCUUCAAUCGGUGCAACCACAACAGGUAUGAGUUAUACAAUACACUUCAAGUUGUUUUGACAUUUGUAAUUCACUGUCGCUAUGUACAGGACUGAAUACUCGACCUCUUUUAGUAGAUGAGCUCCUAUACGGAUGCCUCGAUACUGCCGGAUAAUCAUGAUAUCGUAUUCAUCUUGGUGACCAGCAGUGGAAUCCAGGGUGCACAUUUCGUCCUGUUUAGCACUCAGCUGGAUGUACCUCCACCCCAGUAAGUGGUAGUAUUCCCGCUGAGGCUGGAACCCAGUUACUUAUCCCAAAGCGUUACCUCCUAGGCCACUAAGGCACGAUAGCCAUCUCUUAUGCAGUGGGUAUCAGUUGUCGUUUUGACAGUUGUAAUUCGUCACUCACUGUGGUGCACGUACAUCCAGCUAACGGAUUCCAAAUAGAACGCAACACGCUUCCUGGAUUCCACUACUAGUCACCAUGAUGAACAUGACUACAAGUUGAAGUCAAGGGAUCAGCAGUAUUCCUAAUGCUAACUUACUUCGCUACCGUCAAUAUCUACAAUCACUACUGAAUUGGUUUACUCCACAUUUCCUAAGAACUUAAUAAUUUAUCCAUACUAAAUUAGUAACCUCGCCUGGUUCACUAGUUACUAGCCGGUACUAAGCCCAGAUAAAGAGGGAAGGUUGGGCAUAAAGCUAACAACCCUACCCCGGAAAACCAAUCCAAUACCUAAACAAACUUCACGAAUAAAUCAUAAAAAGUAAAAUCAAACUUAUUCCUCACUGGAAUCAGAGGGACGAGAUGACACCAGUUGGUGAAAGCCUUCAGGAAGCCAGUCGGCCGAUGUGUCUUCUCUCCUCCCAUGAAAGCGAAAGUAAGGAUGGGGACGUGGAAUGUCCCCACCAUGUAUGAACCUAGUUGGCAGGGCCGCCCAGAUUGCAAACGAGAUGAGGAGAUAUGUCAUGGGAUCUGCAAGAAACCUGCAGAUGGAAUGGAAGUGGACUCUACAAACUCUUAACUGGAGAGUCAAUAAUCUACUCCAAUAUUGUCACCCAGACGACAAUCACCAGCACACUGAGUUUCGGAGUGGCUAUCAUGAUAUCCCCAACAGCAUCGAAGGCUCUCUCUCAUGCAGUGGGAACCAAUCUCAUCCUCCACGAUCACGAUCAUCACAGUAAGAUGGAUUCAACUCAAAAGGAAGCAAAGUCACAAUCAUUCAAUGCUACUCUACACACCCACAAAUAAUGCGG